UAAGACAACACUGGCCCAAAGCAUUUAUAACUCAAACAAGCAAAACUUUGAAAGCAGCAGUUUCCUUAUGGAAAUUGGGGAGCACUACAAACUACCUAAUCGUUUACUUGGGCUACAGAAACAACUUCUUGAAGAUAUUUCAGGGGUCAAGGAUGAAACAAGUUUUAGUACUCCUCAGGUUACAAGUAAGAUUGAGGCUGUCUUGCAGAUGAAAAAAGUGCUUAUUGUCCUUGAUGACAUUGACGACCAAGACCAAAUAGGCGUUCUACUUGGAACAAAGAGUUUGCAUAAAGAAAUCAAGAUCAUAAUAACUACAAGGGAUCUAGAUAUACAAGCAUGGUUUGGGUCGAUAUCCUGCAAAUGCCAGGUGCACAAACUUGAGUUGCUUAAUGAUCAUGAAUCAUUAGAGCUUUUUAGUUUCCAUGCCUUAGGAUCCAACGUUCCCAAGGAAAAAUUCAAGGACUUAGCAGUGCAGUUAACACGAUAUUGUGAAGGAAACCCACUAGCUCUCAAAGUAUUAGGUUCUUCUUUAUGUGUUAGUGCUGAAGACCUGCAAGAAGAUUCCAUACAACAUUGGAUAAGUACAAUAAAUUUGCUAUAUUCAUCUAGAGGAGAUCAAGAUAGCAAAAUUCUAAGUAUACUAAAGAGGAGCUAUGACUCCUUACCACAUUUCAGUCAGAGAGAACUGUUCCUGCAUAUUGCUUUUUUCUUUGUUGGCGAAUAUGAGGAUGAUGUGGUACAAAUUCUAGAACAUGGCUGGCAUGCACAGGCUGGGAUCAGAACCCUGAUUAAGAGAUGCCUUCUAACUAUCUCACCAAGUAAGAAACUGAUGAUGCAUCAAUUGUUUCAAGAGAUGGGGAGAACGAUAGUUCGAGAAGAGUCGAAAGAUCCAGCAAAACGUAGUAGAGUCUAUCAAGAUGAGUCUUAUUUUGUGCUGGGAAAAGGAGAGUUUCUGUCACCGUGAUGUCACUCAAUUAGGGUUCCCAAACGAUUGAAGGUCUAGCACUUGACGGGCGAAAGAUUUACCAAGGGAUGGGAUCAGAGGUAAGCCAAGGAAGUAAAUCAAUGCAUUACUUAUAACAAAAGCUAUUAAGAUUAUCUUAGUAGAUCUUGUAAAUCUGAUAUCUCUUUCACCAUUUCUCAUUUCUUUCUUAAAAUUAUAAAAUUUCGACUUCGUAAUUUGAAGGUGGAAAUCGUCUGAGACCUCUCUUUACUUAAUUUUCCUUAAAAGAAAAAGUUCAACUCUCUUUA